AUGCCAGUCGGUUACAGAGAAACAAUACUUUUGUUGUAUAACAAGGAGAAAGAAACCACCAUCCAAUAUGUCUGGUGGCUUUUAAUUUCUGCCUGUUUUUCGUUGAAUCUGAUGAUUCCUAUAUUUACCAAACAGUUCAUUACUACAGUAGGAUAUAAAUUUAAACUAAGAUCAUCACUUCAAACCUCUAAGGAGGUAAGGUACCGAUUUUUUAGUUACUUUUACCGGCGAGAAUUUGCCUCCAUAACCGGGCUCGUCAUGGGAGACAAUCAGCUGACCGAUUCUGGAGCCACUCUUGUCGCAGUUUGUCAGAUGAACUCCACCAAUGACGUGGACCGUAACAUGGGAAUUUGCAAAGAUUUAAUAAACAAAGCCAAGUCGAGAGGAGCCAAGGUGAAGAUGAUAUGGAUUUUAAAAUGUUUUGUCCCUUAGUCACCAACCCCAUCCCCCCACCAUCACCCCUUAACUCUCACCUCUUACACUCCUUGCCCCUUACCCCUCAUACCUUGACCCCACCCCAAUUUUUACCCCCCUCUUCUUACUCCUAUCUUGCCCCAUGUACUAAUAAUUAAUUAUUAGAUUCUACAUAUUGGAAACAGUACAAGUACAAAAAUAAAAAAAAAAAUGACUCGGUGGCUGGUGGCAAAUCUUUUCUUCUAACAAAUGCAUUUGCACAAUCAAUUGUUUUCUCACUUUAUGUUUUUCUGAAGAACUGAUAAUUCAAAGCCAAAGCAAGAGUUACCUCUUUGAUCCUAUGAAAUGUGCUCAAGAGGUUGAUCAGAUGAAAAUAAAGAUAUCUUUAGUUAGAUAAAACACCAACUUCCUUUUAUUUGUAAGACUAAUGUUACCUACUGGAAUUUUCCUUUACAGUUUGUGUUUUUGCCUGAAUGUUUUGACUAUGUUGGAGAAAACAGCGAACAGUCUUUGUCAAUGGCAGAACCACUGGAGAGUCCAAGAAUGCAAAGUUUAUGUGAAUUAGCAAAAGAACUGGGUGUUUGGCUCUCCCUUGGUGGAUACCAUGAAAAGGUUCACUUCUGAUUCUAAGUAUUAGGAUGAUGAAUCAGCUUGGUAGUGCUUAAAGAUCUCAUUAAAGUCAACAUAUUGGUGGUAACACUUCACUUGAUCCUUGACCCAGUUUAACCCUUUAGCUCCCAAGAUCAGAUUGUCAAUUCUUGCCUCUUGCUGCUACACAUUUCCUUGUGAAUAAGUUAUGAGAAUAAUGAGUUCGAUCCAGACAACAACUUCAACCUGAUAAGGUUGAGUAUUCUCAUAACUUGUUUGCUGAAUAAUGUAUGGAUGUCAGAGGGAGAAGUGACAUGUUGAUCACUUCUUGCAGUUAAAGGGUCAAGGCAAAGGGUAGGGUAGGUCAGGAUAGGCUCUCAUUUACUUUAUUUAUCUUUUUUUUUUUCUAAAAUGUUAUGGUCAAAUUUCUGAUUUAUAAACUUGUUCAUGCAUGGUAUUGGGGAAAGACAUUUUCAUCAUUAUCUUUGCAGUGAACUAUUAUUCGGUGUUCAAAGCAUUCAAAUUGCAAGUGACCCAUUAUAUUUGCAUGAUAUCUUGUAGUCAUGGCCAGUUGAUCAACCUUCCCAGGCAAAAUAGUUUGAUAAUUGCAUGAGAAAGACAACAUGACAAAUACAUGGGAACUUUUAAGCACCUUGUAACGUGGUACUUGGUAAUAGAUUGCAAAACCUACUUGAUAACAGAAGAGAUUUGAAUUUCGGUGGAAGGAAAAUUUUAGGUGAAAUCAAAAUAAUGACAUUUUUAUGUCAAAUAGAGUACUUUUUUUGAUUGAGUGUGAUGCGACCAAAACAAAAUCCAAAGUUUGAGAAAACUGAAGUGGCUAAUUCGCAGUUGGUUUUAGCUCUACAUCUGUUUGAUCAAAAAAGGGGGCAAUUUUUUCAGACCAAUCUCAAAGGGAAGUAAAACAAAACCAAAAGGUAAUUCCAGAUUAUUUCCAACCCUCUAUUGAACUCUCUUUUUAUAAAUUAACAUUAGCCACCGACCUACUGACAGGUGUUAUUCUCAGUUUAAAUGUGAUUUAUUAUAUCUCUCAUUUAUUAUGUGUCCUAUGAUUGGUCAAUUUCAGUGUGCAGCUUGUUAAAUUCCAAACUUUGUUGGUAUUGAAAUCUUUAGCCUCUGUUUAAACCCAGAGAUAAAUAUAGCAAAUUUUGUACCAACCUUGUUUUCUUGGUCUGUACUAUGAGUUAUGGAAGCUUGUUUUUCCUAUCGCAUUUAUGGCCGUUAAUAUGAGUGGAAAAAACUCAGUCUGUAACUUACAGUAUUAGAGACCUCAAACUGCAUUUUUAAGAGUUUUGUAUACCUUGCACUGCUGGGGUUAAAAACUUUCUUAUGUGGCAAUGGAAAUAAUUAUUUUUACUUUCAUUUGGGAGCUUAGGUAAGUAAUUAAGUGUAAUCAUUUCAGUAGUCAUCAGUAUUGUUUUCCCUUUUUCAUACACUUUUAAAUCAUAGGGUCCACCAGAUGAUAAGAGGCUGCGUAACUCGCAUGUCAUUGUGAAUGACAGUGGCUCCAUAGUUGCAGUGUAUCGGAAAAUACAUCUGUUUGAUAUUGAUGUGAAAGAUGGACCCAGGCUUAAGGAAAGUGACACCUGUAUCCCUGGUAACCAGAUAGUGCCACCUGUGUCUACCCCUGUGGGGAAUGUUGGCCUUGCCAUUGUAUCCUUUGCAUAAUGAACAGUUAAGUGUGGUUGUUGUGGUUCAGAUUUUCCUUCCUUUAAGUUUUUCAAACCAGCUUGAAUUUUGUUUCUCUCUGACUAACUUCUGCAGAAGACAAAAAUGGAGGUCAGACUGGCUUGAAAAUGUUUAAAUCAAGGAAAUCUUUGAACAAUACAUAUUGUGGUCAUCUGUUUAUUGGUGGUCUUUAAAAGUACUUUACUUUCACAGUGCUUCACUCCAGCCAGGAGUGUAAAUAGCUACUGCCAAACUGUCAGGGUAGCUUGAUAAAACUCUGGGCAGAGGGGGGAAAGGGGGGGGGGGGGGGGGUCUUGCAAUGGAUUGGCAUCCCAUCUAUGGGGAGUAGAUUAGUUCCAGCCACAUACCUUUUAAUGGUUGCUUUAGAAAGUCAUGUUGAUCUGUUGUAACAACACUAAACUAAGAUGAGAAAAGUGUAGUUCCAAGUCCUGGCUGGAUUGCUAUGUUAUAUUUUGAUGCAAGGCACCCCGCUCUUACAGUGACUCUCCUUACCCAGGAUGGUAUAAAUGGGUACCAGCUAACUCAGGGAACCUGAUAAUAUGAAAGACGUUAACCCUGAGCUAGACUAAAAUCCUUUCCAGGGUGGAAAAGCUAUACUCCCACUUUGUUCGUGUCACCAAAACUGGAUGAGCUGCAGCAGGAGAAGCCUUAUGGCUCAUAAGCUGACUUCAUUUUUUUAUGUCAGUUUAAUAACACUGAACAACAACAGCAGUCCUUCUCAGGUCUAUUUUCACCCAGGAAUCACCUGAUAUAAUUGACUGGUUACCUGACUCAGUAGGGAAGUUGAAUACAUCAUCAUUAAAACUUCGCUCAUAACUGAGUACUUCCUACUUUUCUACAACAUUUAACCCUGAGUAAUUGUUUCAAGAAAAUCAGUUGUAAUAGUAACCUGGGAACAGCAGCAUAUGCAAAAUGUCAUUCUUUCUGGUGCUGUGUGAUCCUUAACAUGAUGGUUGUUCCAGUGCUAUGAUGUACGUUUUCCAGAGCUGUCCCUUAUUUUAGCACAACAGGGAGCCGACAUCUUAACAUUUCCAUCAGCAUUUACUCAGAUCACUGGAUCAGCACACUGGGAGGUUUGUACAUGUACUUAUAAUUUUUACUGCUUAUGACUUUUAUCAGAGGUCUCCAAAUCCAGCAACUCUAAAUUCAAAACUUAUGAACACAUUGUGGCAACAGAAACAGGCUACUUUUAGCCCUUUACCCCAAGCUACCUGGAUAAUUGAAGAAAAAAUGUCGAAUUCAAACAUUUGUACUCGGCAAAGAGUCAGAUUGGGCGGACGUUUAUUAUUAAAAUCAAUGUUUGAAUCUUAGCUAUCUUUUUUCGAAAGGGUAGCUAACUCCAAAGGAAAUCAUUUAUUUAAUAACCUUGAGAGGAUAUUUUUUGUCUUCAUUUCUGGAGUGAAUCAUGAAAUUACCACCACAUACUGUGCAGCAAUUUACGUUUCGAGGGUGUCCUUCAUUUCCAAAACAAUCUAUUAGAUUACCUGGUAACACUUCACUUUCUGAAACAUAAUGUCCUGUUGUGAUUGAUUAGUUUUUAGCAGUCGCAAAUCGCGUAUUUCAGUGAUCUGUUACGGUGGAAUUUCUAUCCUUUUGAAGCUCUUGAGGUAGACAGGAUGAAGUCUUAAGCCCUUGACCUUCAAGAGUGACUAGCACCUAAUUUCUCCUUACAUUAUCAUCCCUGAAUCAAACAUUAAGGAGGUCAUGAGAAUAAACAAAAUGAUCACCAACUAAAGAAGCCCUUGGUUGUUAAAUUCUCCUUGUCAGAUCUUAGGAAAGUAAGGAGAACAGUAUGGAGAAUAUGAUGAUGCUAAGUUGUUAUAUAAGGGUUGAGUAAAUCGCCUCUUUUACUCUCCGUGCGUAACUAUGAAGAUUACCAUCACGGCUUGACUUCCAUUUUUUUAUUAGUUAUAUUUCUUUUUCAAAAUAGAUUUUUUUUACUUCUUUUCAGGUUUUAUUAAGAUGUCGUGCUGUGGAGAACCAAUGUUAUGUCAUAGCUGCUGCACAAACAGGACAGCAUAAUGCCAAACGACGGUCUUACGGUCACGCUAUGGUAUGUAAAGUGUUGUGAUGGUCACAGAGUCACGCUAUGAUAUGUUACUUGGGACGAUGGUUAUACGGUCACGCUAUAGUACGUGUAAACUUGUAAGAACGGCGAUACGUCACGCCAUGGUAUAUUCUGUGUUGCGACAAUCAUAUGGUCACGCCACAGGAUGAAAAAUGACGAUGGUUAUACGGUCACGCCAUGGUAUGUAUUAAACGUGUAAGAACGUUUUAACGGUCACGCCAUCGUGUGUAACGUGCAAUGACGGUCUCGCAAUCACGCAUGUAACAUGUAAGGGUGAAUGCGUUUUUACUUAGCUGUAUAAACAACUUUUUAAUUCAAUCUCGUUGAACCAAUAGCUAUUUAGAGCCAACAAGAACUUUGAGUAGAAAGAUAUCAAUUAAAAAACUUCAAUAGAUUAUUAUUAAGUUAUUGAUAAUAACUUAAUAAUAAGUUCAUUGGUAAUAUAACAACUGAACAAAAGUCAUUUCUUAGCAGGCCUCGUGUAUUGAGUAUUGUUCUUGUUCAUGUCACUGCAGGUUGUAGAUCCUUGGGGCUGUGUUAUUGCUCAGUGUCAUGAAGGAAAUGACGUGUGUGUAGCAGAAAUUGACCUUGGAUACUUAAACAAGGUUCGGCAACAGAUGCCGUUGAUGAAUCAUCGGAGAACUGAUAUCUAUGGAAGCCUUAAUUCGGGACCGAAGCUUUGAGUAUGUCUUAACUAAAAUGCCCUCCACACGAAAAAGAAUUGUCAUCGUUCUCGUUUCAAUUCCAGCUGACUUAGUGUGUAGAAUAGAAAAGAACUGCUAAUAGCACGAAUAUUCCCUACAACAAACUGAUUUAGCCAAGUUCACUAAAUAAUUAUGCACUUCAAUCUUUGACGCCAGUCACUUUCUCUCUCAAUCUAGCUCUCCUGAAGCAAGAUUCUUUAGUUUUAUCAACUGUGUUGAUAACGUAAAUUAGCCACCUUAAAGAGUUUGUAAAGCUGAUGUUUCGAUGGGUAGCUUUCCUGCCGACACAGCACCACAGUUUCUUUAGAAACUUACCCCCUUUCACCUGAAGCAACUCGAUUUGAACUGAAUGUGGUGGCAGAUUGUUAAAUCAAAGUUUUCCUUAUGGAAUAUUUUAACAAGAGGAAAAUUUCAAAAAAACAGUGAAAUAAAAGGUGAAUCUUCUCCAUAUAUGAGUAAGCUAUAGCAAUAGCAGGACAUCGAAAUUAAGCCGACAAGACCGAACGCAAGAGGGGAAGUUGACAGCUUCCACUAACACCUGCUACGCUAGUUGAUAUUACUUUCAAAAUUAAGCACUCUUCAAUUGAAGAAAUAGAGCAGUUCUUAAAUGAGUAUCGAAAGUGAUCCUGGUAGCUGAGGUUUUUCAUUUACUUCGCUCCAAGAUUGGUCUAGAAAACUCACGCUACUUCCUCAACCAAUCGACUGCAAAACUAAAACAUAUCACGACUUGUUCCCCCCCACAUUUUCCCGCGCGUCAAGCAGGUUUUCUCUUUUUACUUUGAGUUCUCAUUGGUUAAUGAACAUGUUAACCUUGGUUCUGAUUUUUUAGUUGUUAUAACUUUGGUUUUGGAUUUUUGGUGACACUUAGUUGAAAACUGUUAGGUCCUAACAUAAUGAUUUGCUUUGAUUUGAUACUUUCUUCUUCUUGAAUUAUUUCUCGCUUGUGAGAAAAACUGUUCGACCGACAAGAAUUCGUGCAAUUCAUUACGAAUAGUUUUCAUUUGAAAAUUUCGCUUGGAAUAAAUAUCAGUAUCUGUUAAACAAAAAGGAAUCAGCAACAAAACAUUUAAGAUAAUAUAAACUCUCCUUUGACUAGAAUAGUCUCAAGAACUUUUCUGAGAUAAAUAUUCGUCGAAUCAUUAAAAAAUUUAGCCCUUGAAAAAAAAACUGAUCAUUGAGACAAUCAAUUUCAAAUAAAAAGUAUGAGCAUUACAAUGUAUCAAAGCAAGAGACAUGGGGAGCACUAUAUUGACCUUACUGGGGUUUUAGAACUUAUUUCCUUGCAGAAAGAACUGUCAAAACAUUUCAUAACUAUGUCCUAUUCUUAGAAAAUGCCUCUUCAUUAUAAAUAGGGCAACAGACAGUUUCCGACUAGCAAGAGUGUUUAGGUGAUUUCAACCUUGAGGAAUACCUUUUGUGUUAUAUACAUUACAUGUAUGGAGAACUUCUUAGACAAAAAUCUUAAAAUUUGUUUAGCUCGAAUAACUAAUCACCAAAAAAAUGUUAAAUUUUGUUUGGCUUGACUGAAUUAUUGCGCUCAAAAAUACUUGCGUAACCUUUGUUUGUUUUGACUAAUGAGUUGAUGUUUCUCCAAAAGGAAGGCUUCUGAAGUCGUUAACAG